AUGGCGGAGCGACCGGCGUCGCGCGCGGCGGGCUCUAUGCUUUCGGAUACAGACGUGCGUUCCCUCGCGCGCUCUCCGUCGCCCGCGCCGCCUCCUCAGGCCUCGCGUGCUUCCUCCUCCGCGAGCGUUCAGCCCAGCGAGUCAUCGGAAUCCUCCUCUGUGGUGGUGGGCCCGUCGGCUCCCGGCAAGGAGGCAGCGAAGGCUCCUGUACUGCAGAAUGGGCACAUCGGAGAUGAAAGCGUAGGGGACACGUUGGCCCCUACUAAAGGGACAGUGGCCCCCUCUCCCUCCCCGGGCCCCGCCGCGCCUCCCACUCCGUCUCCUGUACGAAUAGAGUUGAACGGAGAACGCCCGUCCGAUGAAGUGGAUGAUGAUGACGACGAUGUGAUA